AUGAUUCCCUUAAUUACAUCGUCAAUUUCCUCCAUUUCUAUCCAAGACUAUCUAAAUGAAAAAGUAAAAGAGCACAAUCUUCACUGGCCACAAACAAAGAGCACAGGAAUCAGCGUGUUCACAAACUCACAACCAGUGACACGAGAGCUACACACAUUUUUUCAUCUUUUAAAAACUAUUUGUUCAGAUGUGAUGAGUUUUUUUCUCAUUAUUGCAGCCAUCACAAUGAUGGCAGAAGUUACUCUUGGAAGCUUUGCCAACGUCUUCAUUGUUCUGGUGAACUUUACUGACUGUAUCAAGAGAAGAAAAAUCUCCUUAGCUGAUAGAAUUCUCACUGCUCUGGCCAUCUUCAGGAUUUGUUUGCUUUGGGUAAUAUUAAUAAAUUGGUGCUCAACUGUGUUUUCUCCAGCUUCAUUAACUAAACAAGUGAGAUUUAUUAUUUGUGUUGCCUGGGCUGUAACCAACCAUUUUCAUACCUGGCUGGCAGCUUUACUCAGCAUACUGUAUCUGCUGAAGAUAGGCAAUUUCCCGAACCGUAUUUUUCUUGGCCUAAAGGGAAAGAUUAAGAGUGUCAUUGUAGUUGUACUUUUAGGGAGCUUGGUGUUAUUGUUUCUUAAUCUUACGAUGAUGACCAUGGGCAAGAAAGUCCAAGUGAAUGGUCACAGAGGCAAUAUGACUGAGAAGACCAAAGUGGCUUAUGCUGUGAACCUUAUAGUUGUGACAGCAUUCACUCUAAACAAUGUCAUUCCCUUCACCAUAUCUAUGAUCUGUUUUCUGCUGUUAAUCUAUUCUCUGUAUAAACACCUUAAGACAAUGAAGCUGUAUGGAAAGGGAUCCCACGAUCCAGGCACUAUGGCCCACAUUAAGGCUUUGCAAGCUGUGGUCUCCUUUCUGUUGUUAUUUGCCAUGUUCAUUCUGUCUCUGAUCGUAUCAGGCUACAGUUAUGUGAAGCCUCUGGAUGAGCCAGUCCACCUGAUUUGCCAGAUUAUUGGAACUCUGUAUCCUUCAAGCCAUUCCUACAUCCUGAUAUGGGGAAACAAGAAGAUCAAACAGGCCUUUGUGUUGGCAAUGGUGCAGGUGAGAACAAGACUCUGGCUGAAAGAACGGAAACCUUAA